AUGGGGAAGCCUAUGAACGGGAAGAAUAUGAAGAGUAUGGGUUUAAUUGACAAGGAUCUGGAAGCACAAGGCAUCGACAUUUCUGACUUCAGCUUGGAUUGGCUACCAGAUCAGCCACCUAACUUCUUGAAGAGGAAAAGAGAGCCCUUUGAGAAGAAGAAGAGUCUGAAGCUGGGAGAAUCUUCAGCAACUCAGAAGCAACUUGUGCCUCUGAGCUCUUCAGCACCUGAUAUUCCUGCCCCAUCUUCUCCAACUCUAGCAGAACUUCAGGCCACAGUUGACUCUGAAAAUACUCAGUAUGUACCAGAACCCUUUGACACCACUCUACCACCCUCUAAACCCACUUCCAAACCCAUUCCACCUCCUUAUGAACCCACUUCAGAAUCUUAUGAACCCAUUCCAUCUCCCACUGAACUCAUCUCUCAACCCUCUGAACCUAACCUUACCUUUUUUACCAUUGAUAAGGUUUUUUCCAAGUUCUUUGAGAACUCUGCUUCAAGACUCAAGAAGUUAUAUGAAGAAUCCAAGAUCAGUGACAAUCCUUCUGAAGUAAGGACUCACUGGAACGGGUUUCUUAGGUGGAUGACAUCUGAAGUCUUUAAGUUGAAGGGACUUUCUGAGCAAGUCAGAAAUGAAUACAUCAGAGGUGCUAAAGAGAGGCUGGAGGCGCGUCUGGCGCAGAAAGCUGCUGAAAGGGCUACCAAAGACGCUGAAGAUAGAUCUGCUGCUGAAGCUACUGAUAAGAAGAAAGCCGAGAAAGCUGCUGGAGAGGCUGAAGCUAAAGCAAAAGUUGAAGCUGAAGCAGCAUUGGCCGCUGAACCUGCUAGAAAAGAUGCAGAAGACGCUGAGAAGGCUAAUGAGGUUGCUCUCACUCGAGGUGAGUCAUUAGCAUCUGAUCUAGCUCCCCUUGUCCUCAAAACUCUGGAAGAGCUACAGAAAGAACAACAACUAGUUAGAGCAAAACUCGACCAACAAGAUCAGGUCAACUCCAGCAUCUAG